UGAAUAAAUUAUGAAAUUUUAGAGAGCUUUUUUAGCAUAAUUAAAUACUAUAAAGAUAAACAUAGAAAAUAAGGAAAAUUAUUUUGGUUAAUAACUAUAUAUAAAUAGAUGUGCUGAGUUCUAGUCUUCAGACUCCUUAAAAUAUUUACUUUGUUAAAGCAUUUUUAGUUAUAUUUCUAAGGUAGUUAAAACUUUAAUAAAAUGGAUCCUAAAAUGAUGAUAGAAAAAACACUAAAAGACUGUGAUCUUUCUCGUAGAGGUUGUUUGUUUUUACCCAAAGCAAAAAUGGAAAAUAUACUUAGAACUACAGGAAUUACAUUACCUCGAAAUGGUAUACAAGUGGAAAUUCAGGAUCAUAACAAAUCUUAUUGGGUAAAUUUAAAAAAACACGGUGUUGGUUAUCAUAUCGGAACUGGAUGGACAAAUAUCAGAUAUGCAAGAGGUCUUCAAACAGGCGAUAUUAUCAAAUUAUAUUGGAAAGAUACUAAAUUCAUUUUUACUAUGUAAUGAGUUUUCAUAUCUUUUUAUAUCAUUCUUUUGUUAGUUAUUCUAUUUUAGCUUAUGAAUUUUAUUUGUUAAAAAUUAUUCAUAUAGAUAGAUGCUAACAUUUUUAAUUAAGGUUCAAAUGGUAAUAUCAGGUUGCACAGAGCGAUAUUUAUAGUUUAAAAGAAAAUAAAC